UGAGCCGCAUGAAGGUAAAAAUCCACAGUGAAGACGAAGAGACCAGAGAGACUGAUGAUUGGGGAAUGCAGCUAAAGUGAGGAUGAUGAGGCUGAGCCUCGGGGGGGCAGGACUGCACUGAGGAGGCAGGACGUGUGGACACUGCACCAGGAAUGGGAAUGAGAGGCGCUUCAUCUCUGGGAAGUCGCUUUAAAAGGCAGUAUUUUCUCCUCACAGUCAUCUUGGCUGUUACAUUCUACAUCUGCACCUCAUGGCUCCAAGCUGCAGACUGUGUGUCGCCGAGGGGACCCUGUCUGAGUGGCCGCACUCCAGAAGGAGUGGUGAGGUCUGACUUCCCUCAGGAUGCUGACAGCGGACUCAGCGAUGACCUGGUCAGAGAAUGUCCUGGUCAGAUAUUCCAGGUCUCACGGUUACUGACCCACCUGGGUGCAACACUGAGCCCUGACUCCGACAUCCUGCUGCAGCCCUACCUGUCCUGCUGGGAAGAGCUCAUCAAGUUCAUGGAGUCUUUGGGUACUGUGGUAUCCUUCAUCUCUCAGCAGGUCCGGAAAAAAGUGACAAUAAUCCGCGAGCUAGCUCAGCAAGAUGCACAGAUGCGAAGGGAGGGAGAGAAUGGGCAACGCUUACCAGGAGAGGCCGAAGGGAACUCGUACCGAUCCAUACGCUCCAUGAUUGGGGCAGAGCUGAGCCGCGGACUGGUUAACUUCCGUACUCAGACUCCUUCCGGCUGCCGCACCUUGCUCAGACUCCACCGCGCCCUGCUGUGGCUCCAGCUCUUCCUCCAGAAGGUGGGCGAGGGCCCAGAUGCCAGUGGCGAGCUGCCAAACCCGUCAGACCUAUGCCGGGAAGCCUAUCAACUCGCCCUUGCCCACCACCACUCCUGGAUUGCCCAGCGCGCGGCUGAGCUGGCUUUCAUGGCCAUGCCUGACCGGGAGGCGAUGCUCCAGCUGGUGUGUGUGCACAGGCAGCAGGACGCAGGCCGUGUCUUGGGCAGGGUGGCCCGGGCGUUGGGGGAGGUGUACUCCAGGACCCAGAAUGCGUUUGAGGAGCAUGGCCUGCUGGACCUCCCAUAGAAGCCCUGUCGAAAUCCAACAUGAGCAUCUGCAACAGCACCUUGGAGAGGAAUGUAAAUAAUUACGGUGUGUGUCUGCUGUGUUCCAGAUCUAUGCUGGGACUUGACAAUGUCAUCUUACCUUUCAAUGAAUGUGGACAGUACAAAAAAUACAGAAAUGACUGAGAUGAGAAGCCACCUACAAUACUUAUUAUUUUAUGAAAAAUAAGUAAUUGUUUUUUAAUUGACAAUAACAGUUACUGGAGAGUUGCAUUGGCUUUGGACUGCUAUUCGGAUUGUAUUAGUCACUACAAAAAACGUUUUCUGUGUAGAUCUUAUUUAUUUAAGUUUUUAUAGCACAGGAUUUUUUAAGUAGUUCUUUCAUAUCAGUGGUAACUUGUAGUAUCCCUGUUUCUCCACUAGAGGCCUCAAAAGGGCUAACUCAGAAUGCUAGUGUCCAUUAGCACAUCAAAGAGACAUGUUUAAAUUUAAAUUCCAUCCCAUAUUAAGGUUUUUAACUCUGAGCAGUAGCCCAGUGCCUGGUCAGCCAUUUUGACUUCAGUAUUGGAUUGUGUCAGCAUGAAAAUCAUCACUGUACCGUGCCUGUCUGUUUUCAUCAAAAUGUCAUUCAGAGACUUGGAAACUACUUCCUAAGACUACAGUCAGACAAACUCCCUUUCUCUCCAUCUGUGUUUCCCAAUCAAGUCCUCCGUGACCCACAGCUAGUCCACGUUUUUUCCUUCUCUGAAUUCCCUGCCAGACAGUCCACAGACCAGUCCCCUCCUGGGAAUUGACAGUGGGUCCCCGAGGACCGAAUUGGAAAACAUUGCUCUCUAUAUUUCUCAUCCUUCCUUUCAUAUAUCCUGAAAUUUCCUGUGCAAGGCACCUGUUUAAGGUACAGAGAAAGUGUCAAAAUAAAAGCCAGUGAAUGUACUUGUGACGUUUCAGCUCAUGG